CUUUGCCUUUUCCUCUACGGAAAGAAUUGAAGAAACGACAAUUAUUUUUAUUUUCCAAAUUGAAGUGACGGCACGUCGUGGCAAGAAAAUAUUGAAAUAUUAUUAGUACUGUAAUUAUUAAUCCCGACAAUAUAACAACAAUAUUACCUAAUAUGGGUAUAGAGAACAUGCGUCGUUGGCCGAUAUAUGUUUUUUUUGCCAUAAGCAUUCUACUGGCAUUACAACUUUUUAACAGCUGGGGCCUGGAAAGUGAUUUGCGGUAUCGAAUUGGCGAGCUAAGUUCACAACUACAGGAUUGUACUAAGCAGCACACAGGAUGUAUGGAACAAUUCCUCACUGAACAACAGCUCAACGAACGACACCAAGUAAUAUUAAGAGAUAAAGAAAAGAUGAUUGCUAAACUCAGUGAUGACAAUAAACAAAGCAGGGACAAAGCCGCUAAAGCCGAGUCCCAAGCAAACAGAACACUUGUGGAUGUAGAACUAUGCAAAGUAGAACUCCAAUCAUUCAAAAAUCUACAACAGUCUAAGAAAGAGUUGUUUGAAUCGUUGCAAUUGGAUAAAGAGACACUUACAAGCCAAUUAGAGGAGCAGAAACUGAAAAUAAAGGAUUUAGAGAAAGAAAAUGAGAAACUUAAACUCGCUUUAGCUACCAAAAGUGCCAUAAAUAUUGUAUCAUCUAAAGUUACACCUCCUGUCGCCUCCGCAUCUCCUAAAAUUAGUCCAGUAAUUUCAAAUAUUCCAAUUAACGAGCCAAUUUUAGAAAAUAAUGCAAAAGAGGAAAUGGAAGAAAUGAAUAUGAAUGACGAUAAUAAUAAUAAUAUAAACGAGAAUAAUAUAAAUGAGAAUAAUAUUAAUGAUAACAAUGAAAAUUUUGAUCCUCAACUGCAGUAAUACAAAUUAGUUAUUUGAAUUGAUUAUGUCCAAUUGUCAUGUAUAGUUAUUAUUCUAGUUCAUCAUACAUUUGUACAUUGGACGACUUAAAUUAGGUAAAAACAGUUGAUUGAUUUUUUUUGGGAGUGGCCACACUUAUUGACUCGGAAUUGCAUUAAGGUGAUCAGAAAAAAGUAUUACGUUCAUGAAACAGAAAAAAGUCUUUUUGCAGUUUGCAGUAGCAGUCUGAGUGGAAUGGCAAUGUGCUGUCUUUUGCGCUCUUAUUGCAUGAACGUGACACUUUUCCUAACUGGCUCAAUCUGAUUAGGGUACUCUAGGGUAUUAAGGUACUCUCAAGUAAUAAAGUGAUGAAAAUUGAAAUGUAGUUUUUAAAACACACAUUGCACCAGCCGUAUGUGUACUCUGGUUUGUGCCAAAUGUAUUCCAAAUUGUAUUUGAUAUAAAAAAUGAUACAUUACUUUUGCUGUGAUGGUAUAUGGUAGAAUGUGUGAUUGAUUAGUAGAUGUCUGAUUUCAUGUAAUUGGUAUACAUAUUUAUACAGAUUUGUUAUGUGCGUCUUUACACUAUAUUGCACUAGUCCAUCAUCACAUUACUUAUAUCAAGAUUAGGCUAAAUAUAGCAAGAGGAUUUGGCAUUGUUAGGUUAAUUUUAUUUUGUAAGUAAUUUUUUUUCUUUAGGUUAUCAGUCACUUUAUUAUUGAGGGUUGACAAAUACCUGUCAUGGAAUUACUUUCAAAAUUACGUAAUUGUAAUUUUAAGUUUACCCAUAAUAAUCCACUCAAAAUGAAAACGUGAGAUAUUUUUGUUUGACAUUAGAAUAUAAAGAAGCCAUUAAUUAAGCUUGUUUUUAAUCAUUGUAUUUCAUAGUUAAUAGCUUUAAAAAUGUAGUCUAUCUACAAUAGAAAGUAUGUUAUAAAUUAGUUAGGUCAACGUAAUACACAUUUAAUUCGCAAAUGGCAGGAUAAUACAGGUUCAUUAUACACACACGAAAAAAAUUGUGUAUAGGUUAUAAUACUUUGUCUUUCCAAGUAGGUCAGUUUUAACAGAUUCUGCAGCUCUCAGAAUAAUUGCCAUAUCUGCCGUCUCGAUCUGCAUAUAGUAAAUAGUAAAUUACAUCCCUUACAAGACAAAUGGAUGUAAUUUACUAUUUUUACAAAUUGACUGAAUUACAGUUGAUUUGUUUCAUUAUAGUACGUUUAUUUACAUUUUUAUUAAAAAUUGAAAUGAACUAUAUGAAUUGCAUUUUUCUAUCACGUAAGGGAUAUGCUAUACCAUUAUUUUAUAAUGUACAGACGGCAACACAUCAAGCUACACAUUGACGGAUCUUGUUCCGUUGCACUGGAGGCGACAAUUGAACAAAAGUGUAUAAAUUGAUGUGCUGUUGACUGUGCAUAAGUUUGAUGAAUGUAUUUCAAAUAAUUUAUGAAAAUACUAUUGAAAAUUUAUCUAAAGAUGUUGAACUUGCAAUUUAUAUUUAAUGGUCUUUUGAAUGCCAUCUUUCUCAUAAGACUCCGGUUUACAUACUUACACAUGUUAAUACAAUAGAUGCACUAUUGACUAUAAAAUUGUAGGCCAUGUACUAAACGGAAAUUACAUGCCUAAACUAGUGCAUGUUGUAAGUUCUUCUUCAGUUCGUCCCAAGCAGAUAAAGUAGAUUUUUUAUGUAAACUUCAAUACUAAUUCCACUGUUCCCACAAAACUUGUCAAUAUAUCUUCAGAUUUCUGUUGUAUCUAUCUGUUCGAUUCAUUUUUAAUUCGUCGUAUUUAUUAAUUUAUGGUAUUGUUUUUUCAUGUUUGUACGCUUUUCUUAUCAGAGAAACUCCUUUGCUCAUUAAAUUGCUGUUACUGAGUUUGUUAACUACAAUAACUCAAAUAGCGUGUUUUCCAAUUAUCGAUUUUACACUAGGUUUUAUGAAAAUUCCGUUUCAGAAACAGCAUAAAAUGUAUUAUGUAAUAUUAAGGAGGUAUAUGUUACAAAUAAUCACAGUACAGAGUACUGAAAAACCGGCCUCAAUUCGUGGAAUUACAUCUAUUUGCCAAGUUUUAUUUAAAUCUGUUCACGAAACCGGAAUCAUC